AUUCCCUUCAUCCACAUUUCCUUUCCAUUACAUUCAAAUAAUAAAGAAAAUGUCCCUCCAUGCUCGACGAGUCGUCGUUACUGGGCUUGGCCUUGUCACUCCACUUGGCAUUGGUGUCCAACAGACAUGGUCCAGACUCAUUGCAUCAGAAUGUGGAGUUGUCUCUUUAAAAGACUUGCCUUCAGCCCAUGCUUCUCUCCCUGGUUUUGAUACAUUACCUUCUCAGGUUGGAGCUGUCGUAAGACGUGGAGGCGGACAGGACCUUGGAGGAUUUGACUCUACAGAAUGGCUAGACCGAGGGGAUGAGAAGCGGAUGGCAAUGUUCACUCAGUAUGCGAUCGCUGCAGCAAAGAUGGCGAUCAAGGACGCAAAUUGGGAAGAGAUUACUGAGGAUCAAAAGGAGCGCACAGGAGUUUGUCUUGGAUCCGGAAUUGGGAGCCUCGACGACAUGGCGAACACAACUCUGUCCUAUGCUGAAAGCGGAUAUCGCAAGAUGAGCCCCAUGUUCGUACCCAAGAUUCUGAUCAAUAUGGCAGCCGGCCACUUGACUAUGAAGUUUGGUUACAAGGGUCCAAAUCACGCAGUCUCCACCGCUUGUACUACAGGGGCCCAUUCUCUCGGCGAUGCGAUGCGCUUUAUUCAGUACGGUGACGCGGAUGUCAUGGUUGCCGGUGGAUCUGAGGCCUGUAUUCAUCCUAUAGCAGUCGCUGGCUUUGCAAAAGCCAAAUCUUUAGCGACCAGAUACAACGACGCGCCUCAAGAAGCCUCCAGACCUUUUGAUCGCGAUCGUGAUGGCUUUGUCAUUGGUGAAGGCGCUGGCGUCGUUGUCUUGGAGGAAUAUGAGCAUGCUCGGAAACGAGGUGCUCCCAUCUAUGCAGAAUUGAAAGGAUAUGGACUCUCAGGUGAUGCUCAUCAUAUGACAGCACCACCUGAGAAUGGCACAGGAGCCGCAAUGGCGAUGCGCAGAGCCUUGAAGGCUGCACGGUUAACACCUGCAGAUGUCGGAUAUGUAAAUGCUCAUGCAACAUCAACUCAUCAGGGCGACAUUGCAGAGAACCGUGCCAUCAAGGCUGUCUUCGAUGGUCAUCACAACUCCAUUGCUGUUUCGUCUACGAAGGGCGCUGUGGGUCAUCUUCUCGGUGCUGCGGGUGCUGUUGAAGCUAUUUUCACUAUCCUUGCUGUUAAAAACGAUAUCCUGCCUCCGACAUUAAAUCUCCAUAACUUUGACGAUAAUGGCGAGUUUACAUUGAACUACGUCCCACGAAAAGCCCAAGAAAAAGUUUUGAGUGCUGCUCUGACAAACUCUUUUGGAUUUGGAGGCACAAACGCGUCUCUGUGUUUUGCCAAAGUCAAAGAGAGUAGUGAGCGACGUAGCUAAUAUAUAGGUCUAAUAAAAAAAAACACACACGC